UUUUCUCAUUUCAACUUCUCACACAUAUAUCAUAUCAAGUGGCAGCAUUCAAUACAUUUGAAUUGAAAGAGUUUGAAGAUGGAUUAUGUAUAUGGACCUGGAAGAAGCCAUCUAUUUGUUCCUGGGCCUUCUAACAUCCCUGAACAAGUUAUUCGUGCAAUGAAUCGAAACAAUGAGAAUCAUAGAACUCCAGCAAUACCAGCAUUGACAAAAGCUUUACUUGAUGAUGUCAAGAAGAUUUUCAAAACUACUUCUGGAAUCCCAUUUCUUAUUCCUUCAACUGGAACUGGUGCAUGGGAGAGUGCAUUGACAAAUACACUGUCACCUGGUGAUCAAAUUGUAUCUUUCUUGAUGGGACAAUUCAGUUUGCUUUGGAUUGAACAACAGAAAAAGCUCAAUUUUAAGGUUGAUGUUGUGGAAAGUGAAUGGGGACAAGAUGCAGAUCUUGAUGCUCUAGAAUCAAAACUUGCUUCAGAUAAAUCACACACCAUCAAGGCAAUUUGCAUUGUUCACAAUGAGACAGCAACUGGUGUCACAAAUGACUUGCCCAAACUCAGAAAAAUUCUUGAUUACUACAAGCACCCUGCACUGGUUAUUGUUGAUGCAGUGUCUUCAAUUGGUGCACUUGAUUUCCGAAUGGAUGAAUGGGGAAUAGACGUGGCAGUGACUAGCUCACAGAAAGCUCUUUCUCUUCCUACUGGAAUGGGAAUUGUAUGUGCUAGUCCUAAAGCCAUUGAGGCUUCAAAACAUGCUACUUCACUUAGAUCUUACUUUGAUUGGAAUGGUUACUUGAAAUGCUACAAUUUAGGAACCUAUUGGCCAUACACUCCUUCCAUUCAGUUGCUCUAUGGUCUAAGAGCAACCCUUGAUUUGAUUUUUGAAGAAGGUCUUGAAAAUGUUAUUUCAAGGCACAAACGUUUAGCCAAAGCAACCAGGCUUGCGGUAGAGGCAUGGGGAUUGAAGAAUUGUUGCCAAAAUAAGGAGAGUUACAGUGACAGUGUGACUGCUGUAGUUGUUCCUACAAACAUUGAUAGUGGUGAAAUAGUGAACAGGGCAUGGAAAAAAUACAAUUUAAGCUUAGGAGUUGGAUUAAACAAAGUUGCUGGAAAGGUUUUCAGAAUUGGACACCUUGGCAAUAUCAAUGAGUUGCAACUUUUGGGUUGUCUUGCUGGUGUGGAAAUGGUACUGAGAGAUGUUGGUUAUCCAAUAAAGUUUGGAAGUGGAGUUGCUGCUGCAAGUGCUUAUUUACAUAACACCAUUCCUCUUAUCCCUUCUAGGAUAUGAGUCACUUGAGUUAUUGUUAUUUGACCUUUUUUAUGUUCUUUCAAUUAAUAUCAAUGCAUUGUGGAUUGUAGGCAAUUAAUGUGAUAUGAAUAAUACUACAUGGUGAUUCCCAAGGAAUAAUUCAUUGUUUUAUAUUCACAAAAAUCCUUUC